UGUCAAACGAAUGUCAAACUGCGACAGACGUCAUGAGUCAAUCGUCAGUUGUGAAAUAGGUUAUGUUGUUAGAAGCGAGACUACGUACAAGAUUAAAAUAAGUUUUUUAUUAACUCGCUAGAAAAUACCUGUAAAAUUUAAUGGACGAAUCAUCAGCAGAAAAAAGGCCACAAUUUGGUAACAGAUUUCUAGAAAAUGCUGACGAAGUAUUCAAGCAUAAUGCGUGGGACAAUGUCCAGUGGGAUGAAGAACAAGAAAACCUGGCCAAGGAAAAGGUGAAACUGAAUUCGCAAGUAAAUUUCUCUGAAGGUGACAUAAAAUCACUAGAAGACGAAGCUGACAAACAUUGGGAUGCAUUUUAUGACAUACAUCAAAAUAGGUUCUUCAAAGACCGUCACUGGCUGUUCACUGAGUUUCCAGAAUUAGCUCCAGAUAAUACAUCAGCACCAGUAAGGGUAUUUAACGAGUCAGAUGAAAAACAAUCAGAAAAUAAACCCCAAAAUGAACCAAAACCCACAGAUGGCAACACUAAACGGCAAAUAUUUGAAAUUGGAUGUGGCGUUGGCAACACCAUUUUUCCUAUUUUACAAUACAGUAGAGAUUCUAAUUUAUUUAUUUAUGGAUGUGACUUUUCAUCAAAGGCAAUAGAAAUCAUGAAACAGAAUGAAUUGUAUGACACAAAUAGAUGUGAAGUGUUUGUUUUGGAUGCUACUGAACAGAAAUGGAAUGUGCCAUUUGAAGAGAAUUCACUUGACAUUAUUGUUUUGAUAUUUGUUCUGUCAGCUAUUGACCCUUCAAAGAUGCCAACUGUCAUUAACAACAUAAAGAAGUACUUGAAGCCAGGAGGACUUGUAGUUUUUCGCGACUACGGCUUGUACGACUUGGCACAACUUAGAUUCAAGAAAGGGAGAUGCAUCUCAGAUAAUUUUUAUGCAAGGGGUGACAACACAAGGGUAUAUUUCUUCACACAAGAAGAAAUCAGAAGUUUGUUUAAAAAUGAGGGGUUUUUAGAAGAACAGAAUUUAAUUGAUAGAAGACUUCAAGUGAACAGAGGGAAAAUGUUGACCAUGUACAGAGUGUGGAUACAAGCUAAAUACAGAAAACCUUUAUAAUAUUUAAUGAAUAAAUAGGUUUACAAUUUCAUAUUUAUGUAAUCUUAAUACAAUUGUUACUUAUAUGUUUUGGGUAUGCAUAACAAAUGCAAUCAAA